GAGAGAGGGAUCGCGGCAGCCAGCGAGCCCCAGUUCCAGUGCCUACCUUCUGAUGCGGCUCUCCUCUGGUUUGUGAGAGUGUGAGUGUGUGUGUGCGUGCGGUUUCUCCUCCAGGAUGCAGACAAUCCCCAGGACCUACCGAGCUGGCCUCUUCUGGCGCUGCCUGCGCCACCUCGGCACGCUCUUGGUGCUAUGGAUCUGGGGCUUGCUCUCCAGCUCGGCUCUGGGGCUGAGGAACAGUCGCCUGGAAGCCGACUCCAAGCUGCCCAUCAUGGGGCUGAUGCCCAUCAACAAGGCGGCAGAGAGCAUCUCCGAGGGCAUCAUACCAGCCGUCGAGCUGGCCACAGAACACGUCCACAACAAAUUCUUACCCAACACCAGCAAACUGGUCCUGAAGUGGUACGACUCCGAGUGUGAUAAUGCUAAAGGACUCAAAGCCUUCUUUGAUGGCAUUAAAUAUGGACCUAAGCAUCUGAUGAUAUUUGGUGGAGUGUGCCCAUCUAUUACAUCCAUCAUUGCUGAAUCCCUUAAAGAAUGGAAUCUGGUCCAGCUUGCUUUCUUAGCCAUUACUCCCCUUUUAGCUGAUAAACCCAAGCAUCCGUAGUUCUUUAGAACAGUAUAGCAGGAACAGGCCGUUCAACCCACUCUGUUAAAGUUUCUGGAACAAUGGCAUUGGAGGAAAAUUGGCUGGGCAACAGGAGACAGAGAGAGAUUUGCAGAAGUGAGGAAUGAUCUGACCAAUGAGCUGGAGAAAGCAGACAUUCAAAUUGCAGAUACUGAGAGCUUCUCUAAUGAUCCUUGUCUAAGCGUCAGAAAGCUUAGGGAUAAUGAUGUCCGAAUUAUUCUGGGCCAGUUUGAUGAGAAUAUGGCAGCAAAGGUAUUCUGUUGUGCCUACAAUGAGAAUAUGUAUGGAAUUAAAUACCAGUGGAUUAUCCCAGGGUGGUACCAGCUAAACUGGUGGAAACCAAUUGCUUCCAGUUAUUGCAAUGAAAAAAAUCUACUCACUGCCAUGGAAGGAUAUGUUGCUGUGGAUUUUGAACCACUUAGUACAAAAGAAAUCAGGACAAUAUCUGGGCUGACACCUCAACAAUACAAGCAAGAGUACAAUAAAAUGAGGGGUAGUGCUGAGUAUAGCAAAUUCCACGGAUUUGCGUAUGAUGGAAUCUGGGUCAUUGCUACAACAUUGCAACGAGCAAUGGAUAGUUUGAAACGUCUUGGCAAUCCACAAACUAUCCGCGACUUCAAUUAUAUGAACAAAGAACUUGGUCAGAUCUUCCUUGAUUCCAUGAAUGAAACCAACUUCUUUGGGGUGACUGGACAAGUUGUGUUUAGAAAUGGAGAGCGAAUGGGAACUAUCAUAUUCUCACAGUUUCAAGACAAAAUAGAAGUUAAAGUUGGAGAAUAUAAUGCCAUAGCUGACUCCUUGGAACUAAUUAACAACACUCUUAGAUUUCAAGACUCUACAGCACCUGUUUUGUGCAAUCGUGCAGCAGCAGAGAUGGAAAUGGUCACUGCUGUUGGGAACCUUGCACUGUUCACGCCACUUGGUGCACCACUUCAAAUGCUGCAAGCAGGGACUGACUAUCACACUGUGUUGCUUCAUUGUUAUCAUACUGGGCAAGUCCUGGAAAGGGCAGCAGGCACUCUACUCCAUUUCACAGGGGCCUGGAGGUUGAUAAAGAUGUCCAGUCCCUACAUGAACAACCUUAUUAUCCUUGGGGGAAUGCUUUCUUAUGCAUCCAUAUUCCUUUUUGGCCUUGAUGGAUCCUUUGUCAUGCCUAACACAUUUGAGACCCUCUGUACUGUUAGAACCUGGAUUCUUACAGUUGGUUACACCACAGCAUUCGGAGCCAUGUUUGCAAAAACAUGGAGAGUUCAUGCCAUAUUUAAAAAUGUGAAAAUGAAGAAAAAGAUCAUCAAGGACCAGAAGCUGCUUAUUAUUGUUGGUGGGAUGUUGCUCAUUGAUCUCUGCAUCCUGAUUUGCUGGCAGGUUGUGGAUCCUCUGAGGAGGACUGUGGAAGAUUAUCCUUUAGAGAUGCCAUUGAGGACAAUGGAGAAGCCGGAUCCUGCUGGGAGAGAUUUUGCAAUCCAACCUUUGCUGGAGCACUGUGAAAAUUCCCACAUGAGUAUUUGGCUGGGUAUUGUGUAUGCAUAUAAAGGACUUCUGAUGUUGUUUGGAUGUUUUCUUGCUUGGGAAACACGUAAUGUAAGCAUCCCGGCACUGAACGACAGCAAGUACAUUGGAAUGAGUGUCUAUAACGUGGGAAUCAUGUGCAUAAUAGGAGCUGCUGUUUCAUUCCUAACUCGAGAUCAGCCAAAUGUCCAAUUCUGUAUUGUGGCUCUGGUGAUCAUUUUCUGCAGUACUAUCACUCUCUGCCUGGUUUUUGUGCCAAAGCUGAUAACAUUACGAACAAAUCCAGAUGCAGCCACUCAGAACAGGCGAUUGCAAUUCACCCAGAAUCAGAAGAAAGAAGACUCAAAGACAUCAACUUCCGUAACAAGUGUGAACCAGGCAAAUACAUCUCGACUUGAGGGGUUUCAGACUGAUAAUCAUCGUUUGCGAAUGAAAAUCACAGAGCUUGACAAAGAGCUGGAGGAGGUUACCAUGCAGUUACAGGACACGCCUGAAAAGACGCAGUACAUUAAGCAAAACCAUAUUCAAGAGCUCAAUAACAUCCUGAGCAUACGGAACUUCACAGAUGGAAAAGAUAGUGACAAGCCUCUAAUGAAAAACCAGCAUGAUUCGCGGUCACAGGUGCCUUGGGGCACCACACUGGAGCCUUCCAGAACAAACAAAGAUGUCAUAGAAGAUAUCAACUCUCCAGAACAUAUACAACGCAGACUAUCUUUGCAACUACCAAUUCUUCAUCAUGCGUAUCUGCCAUCAAUAGGUGGAGUUGAUGCUAGUUGUGCCAGUCCGUGUGUUAGUCCGAAUGCCAGCCCUCGGCACAGACAUGUGCAGCCAUCAUUUCGAGUCAUGGUUUCCGGCCUGUAAAGAAGAGGUUUCGUAGCCUGAACUGAAGAGCACUCAGUGUUUGGACUGUGUCCUCCACCUAGUUCUUUGCUACGUACACACCGCACGCUCUCCCUACCGCAGAAGAAUAGGCAUUUGAAACAGACACUACUGAGUUCCUGAGCCAGUUUGUGUGGUCAUGGGGAGAUGUCCUGAAUCUGACCUGUAGCCUUAUCUGUGAAGUUUUUGUUUCUGCAUAAACUGGAUGUACGUUUCCUUCCCAGAAAGAAUGACAGGUUUUCUUAAGGAAGCAGGGACUGAAGGUUUAUCAAAACUGCACAAUUUUUUUUUUUAAUGUCACAAUCACAAAGGGAGAAAUUUGAAUUGCUAUGCAAAAUUUGAUAUAUAAUAAUGGUUCACACAUUAAACGAAAUCCAGCAUAUAAAUUUUAAUUGUAGCAUAAAAGCAAAUAUUUUCACUAUUUCUGCACCUGAACAAACAAAUGAAACAUCUUGUACUAAAACCCCCAGGCAAAUGUUGAUAUGAAGAAUAAAACUUUGUAAAACGUAUGUCCACUAUAGAAAUGUAUUUCUAUUGUAGAAACAUAAGCCUGGUUUUGGAAGAUACAUUCUGUUAAGUCACAGGGGUCUUUUGAACAUGGUAAGUGGACAGUAUAUAGAAUGGUGUAGAAAUGGUUUUCCUACCAUUUUGAUAAAAAUGAAGGUUGCCAGUUAAAAAUAGUACAUCUUACUUGCAUCCUAAGCCUUUGUUAUGAUAAGAUUUGUUAAAGCUUGCUCACAAGAUGAUUUGAUGAUUUCUGGUUUGGAGUAUAUUUCUAAUACUACAGAGCGAAACUGGAGUGUGCUUAUCAAGUCAAAACCCGAGCGUUACCGCUGGACAUGUAGAUGCAGUCAGUUCCUAAUUGAACAGAAGAAUCAAACAAAUGAUGUGUUUUCCUUGGUUCAAGAACAGAUAGUGAAAGUUAAACAGGUUUGAUAUAGAUGUAUGUCACUCUCCAUCUCCGUCUUCCUAUAUGCCUUUCUGUAUUUUUAUUUGGCUAUCUCACUCUAUGUACAUAUUCAUUAUGUCCUCGGUCAAAAUACCACAUAGGACUAAAUGAAGAGCUGUCACAUGUGAAAAAAUGUUUUCAUCAUUUCCCCCUCAAUUGUCAUCAGUAGCCAAUCUGCUGAACCUGAGCAAAGAAGAAGGAAUUAUUGUGUUGUUGUGAUAUGUUUGGGUAGUACAAAAAGAUGAAACAAAAAUCUGUUUUGAAGCUAAAAUACAAGGUGUACGAAGAAAAAUAUAAUAAGUGCAAGUUGAGCUUUUGCAUAACUUGUGACCUUUAUCAUCAGCUGACAGGUGUCUGAAAUGUUCAGAAACUUGUCAUUCUGCUUGACAAUCUCCAACUAAGUCAGAUAUGUUCUCAUAGGUAGCUUCUGUUCAUCUGAUAUACAGCACACAUUUAGUGCCUCUAGUGUCUCACCCCAUUUCCUUACACUCAUAGAAUUUCAAAGCAGGUGAGUAACAUCAAAGGUUUAGGGACCUCCAAAAGUGUAGCAGGACUCCUGGGGUUUUUAAAAUAAGCUAGAACCUGCACUUUGUCAAAGUUGACAUUAAACAUCCAACUGUUUAUGAACAUAGAACUAUGGUAAGUUUCCAGUUAUUUGUCCAGCUGGGACUAUCCUUCCUGUGAGGACAGUAUUUUGCCGAAUUAUCUGGGUACAAAUAUGAAGAAUCCCAAUGCCUAUGACAACUAUACUCCAUUAGGUUCCCUUAGUGAGCUGAAUUCACAGACCAAGCAGUUGCAUCAUUUUGGAGGAUUUUGAAACUACCUGGCUCUGGUAUGAAUUUCCAAGUAUGUCUCAGUGAACUGACUUUGUGUUAUCUCCUGUUCCUAUGUAUCAUCUUGGAUUUAAAUUAGAUCCCUACAGGAUGCUAACUUACACCUCCUUCAAGAAGGAUAGUGCCCAGUUGAGGUGGCUGACAAGUGUGGGCUUCAGCCCUCAUUCAUAGACUACAUAUAGCAGGCACUUGCCUGGACUGGCAUGGAGAAGCAUCUAAAUGGGCAAUUGGUGCUUUACUGCUACCAUAGCUGUCAAUGGUUGUAUAUCAGAACUUAGAUUCUGUCUGUGUUCAAAAGGCUCCAUUGAAGCUUGGGUUUGCACUUCCCUGAGCCAGAUUUGUAGUUCUGUCAAUGUUGCACAGUCCUGUGUUCAUCAAUGUCAAAGGAGCAUGCUCAAUGCACUGAUAAACCAGUAAUAAUAAGCUUUUAAUUAACAUUGUGAAGAAAAUGCUGUUUUCUGGUAUUCUGAAUGGUAAAUACUGGCUGUUAAUGUGUUUCCCUGCCUCCUUAACUUUUAACCAGGUUAAUUUUUGAAGACAGUUCAUCAUAUGGAAGGAGGACUGACUACUGUAUAUAAUGUAUACACAAGUUCUCUGUAGAAAUAUUAUUAUAAUAUAGCAGGAAAAAACAAAAAAAAAAAAGUAUUGGACUUGGAGGUGAGCGUGUGUAUCUGUGACUGUCUGUGAAUACUGACUGUGUGCAGUUUAUUAGGUUUAAACCAUGCAGUACAUUUCUGUCUUAAUGAUACCGUAGUUCUUUCCCAUAAGGAAACAUUUUUAUUUCCUGCUACUAUCAAAGACUCACAAAGUAAUAUAGUUAUUUAAUGUUUCUGUUCUUUUAUACAGCAGCAAAAAAGGGUAAAUUUAUGGAGAAGGCUGUGUCCCAAUGGCAUUUCCCAAAACAUAUUCGUGCACAAAUGCUUUAAACUAGACUGGAAUUGCCAGGAUAAACUGUAAAUGGA